UGAUUUGUCUGAGCCUGUUAAAUAUGUAACCAGAGAAGAUGUUUGUCAGCUUAUAUUUUAACAGCAGUUUGGAUGUUGUGGGUUAAUGGGACAGUAUUAUUAUAACUUUGGUGCAAUAGUGCAGUUAAUGGAAUGCUUAAUAGCUGAGGAUGGAGUUGGAACACUCAUGUCUUUGGGAGGCCAUGAAGCAUGGUGGAUAGCAAAGUGCUUUUGCUAUCCCAGGGGGUCUAACUGGCUUAACAUGUCCUUGAGGUUAAUAUCUCAUUUUUCCUACCAUUUCCUUGAAUAAAUAAGUCAUCUGGCUAUAUUACACUGAUAACUGAAAUUUGCCAAUAUACAGUACAUUAUAAUGUAGUUAAAGCCCAUUAGUAAUUCCCCUCUUAAGAAUACUGAGCCAGCAAUUCUGAUUAAUCUGUUUUGUGACAAACUCUGGGAUGGAAGGAACUAAAAAAUCAUACAUUUGUGUCUCUUAUAAUAAUUAAUACAACAAUCCUUUAAACAUUAUUUCAGAAAUCUUCUCCUGCUUGAAAACAUCUCAAGAUUUGCAUCUUCACUACUCAGCUGUUGAAAGAAACAACUUAAUGAGACUUGCUCAGACUAUACCAUUUACACCAGUCCAGCUCUUUGCUGGAGAGGAAGUGACAGUCUAUCAGCUAGAAGAAAGUUCACCUAUGAAUCUUGAUAAAAGCAUGUCUUCCUGGUCCCAGUGUGGCACGACUGCAAUGAUCCAAGUCCUGUCGCGGGAGGAGAUGGAUGGGGGCCUGCGGAGGGCCAUGAAGGUCAUUUGUACUUGGUCUGAGAGUGAUGUAUUAAAGUUGGGACAAGUAUUUAUUGUGAAGUCUUUCCUGCCAGAGGUGGUUCAAACUUGGCAAAAGAUCUUUCACCAUGGCACAGUAUUACAUCUCUGUCUGAGGGAGAUUCAACAGCAAAGGGUUGCCCAGAAGUUAAUCUAUACCUUCAACCAAGUGAAACCUCAUACUAUUCCCUAUACUCCAAGGUUCCUGGAAGUUUUCCUCAUCUACUGCCAUUCAGCAAACCAGUGGCUGACCAUUGAGAAGUACAUGACUGGUGAAUUUCGGAAGUACAACAACAACAAUGGAGAUGAGAUUACUCCCAUCAGCCUGCUGGAAGAGAUGAUGCUGGCCUUUUCUCACUGGACCUAUGUCUACACCCGUGGGGAACUCCUUGUUCUGGAUUUGCAAGGUGUUGGGGAAAAUCUUACAGAUCCAUCUGUGAUUAAACCUGAAGACAAAAAGUCUGGAAAGAUGGUAUUUGGACCAGCAAACCUAGGAGAAGAUGCAAUAAGAAACUUCAUUGCAAAGCAUCGCUGUAAUUCUUGCUGCAGAAAGCUGAAACUUCCCGAUUUGAGAAGAAGUGACUACACAUUGGAAACUGUUGGUCCGGCCUUAGAAACAGAAAUGGAAACAAGCACCAAAGAAGCGGAUAAUGCAGACGAGCCUUCUGAGUAUGACACACAGCUGUGAAGCAGAGCCCAUGUGUUUGCAUGCUUGAAAACCUGCCCCUUAUCACUGCCAAAGGUCUGUCCAAAAUCACAAAGUACAGGCGACUGAGUGCAGCAUCUGUCUGCCCUUGCUAGACCCUACAAACAAGGAAUGAGAAAAAUCAGCCCUUCCAUGCUCUUGUGCUGGUCUUUCUUGUACAGACCAAUGAACUACUGGGAGCAGGUCACCCCUUAGCUGGGUAAACCGUCCCAUCAGUGCCUUUUUUUUUAAUCAUGGUUCCAAACUGUGUUUUCUUAGGAAAACGACUGUGACAAGUUUAUUUCCCAGUGGUUUGUUUCUCCUUCUGCUCUUUAGUAAAUAAAUGAAUGUAUACACAUGUGCAAAUCAUUCAUUUUCAGUCAGAGCCCAUUCAGCCCUGUGCUUACUUAUUCUUGGGCAUAGAAGGCUCUCCAGGAAAUUGCAGAAAUACUACUUUCUCUUUAUUAUUGAUUUUGAUUCAGAGACAAACCAAGAAUAUGUGAGCAAUGAAUUAAUGGUUUAAACAGUACUCAUGACAGUUAGACUGAAAAAUUUUGUAGGAACUUCAUCUUGAAAUCUUUUCACAUACCAAUAAAAAGUUGUCCAAUAAAGGAGCAGAUUAUUGGGCCCACAAGCAUGGGAUUUUCUCAUUUUGAGUUGAUGAAGUUGAUUAUUCUGUGGUCCUUAAUACAAACAUAAAGAACAACCUUGAAUGUGACAUUUGACUUUCAGGACCUGCCUUUCUUUAUAAUAUUUUAGUUUCUGAAUGAUUUAAAGUUGCAAAUGGAAGAAAGAUUUUAGAAGUCACAAAGAAUAAUAUGUUCCAUUUGGUGUUUAACUUGUCAAUGUCAGGCUGAACGUAGGACUGUUGCCUAACAGUGGUGCAAUUAUAUUUGGCAGCAUCCACAUUUGUUUCUGUCGAUGUCCUCUGAUUACAGCUGAAGUUCAGAAAACAGAAUAAUCAAUCUGUGCAAUACGAUUUUGUAGAGUAAAGAUUGAAGUGUUCAGCAGAAAUAUUUCUAAUACAACUCGUGUUCUAAUACAGAUCACACCAUUAAAGUGACUUUGUACUUUCAUGUUGAGAAAAAAACCUAAUAUUCAAAUGUCAGUCAUUAGAAAACUUUAUACUUGAAUUAAAAAAAAAAUAACAUUUCCACUAAAGCUGACAGUAAAUUUUAAGGUGU